UGAGCCAAUUGGAUUUAAACAGUGUUUUUAUAUCUGUAGUCACUGGCCGGCAACCGGUGUUUCGUUUUUGGUUCAUUAACAAAAUGGCAGCCCUCACCAAAGCUGUACAAGUUUCAAAAACAGUAAAUAAUGUAACCAAAUUAUUUACAACUUUGUCCUUAUCUCCAAUUGUUAGUCCAAUUUCUAGUCCUGUAUACAUCAGAAGGGUGCCAACUUUUCGCUGUGCUCUCUUUCACUCUACGUCUAAACGAAAUGAUUUAAUGGAAUUUUUUGAUGACAAGAAGAAUUGGGGAGAGGAUAAAGUACAAGUAGGACGUUCCUGGGAAAUAGAUGAAUUAAGAUUAAAAAGCAAUGAAGAUCUUCAUAAGUUGUGGUUUGUAUUAUUAAAAGAACGUAAUAUGCUUCUAACAAUGGAAGAAGCAUACAAGCAAGAAUGGAAAUAUUUCCCAAAUCCAGAAAGAAUUGAUAAAGUUGAAGACAGCAUGGUUAACUUGGAGACAGUUGUUCGUGAAAGAAACAAAGCAUAUCAUAUGCUUGAAACUGGAAGAAGUGGAGAACGUCCCACAAAAUUACGAUAUAACCCGCUUGGCCUUCGUCACUUGUACAAAAUGCGUCAAUAUCCUGUACCAAAAUUUGUAAAUACAAAGUGGCAUAAAACCCAUAAGUUUGGUUAUGGAGGAAUCGCAGUACAAAAAUUUUUACGGCUAUACAGAGAGAAGCUAUGGAACCAGAAACGUAAAAUGCGGAAUCAUCAAGAUAAUCAGGUAGCCGUUUUGAUGCGAAUUUUCCCAAACCUUGACAUUGACGCUGUGAAAGAAAAGUAUCCACUCGCAAAUAUUGAGAGAUUAAAACGAUCGAGAAAGUCUGAUGGACAUUUUGUUAAGGAUUAAAAUAAUUCCUUUUAUUACUCAUGUCCAAAAUUAUGGAAGUUCUUUAAUACAAAAAGUAAAUAUCCCUCAAAUUGCAUGUUAAACGUAAAUUCAUAUUAUACUGCUAGAAGAAAUAGAAAUUAAAAUUCUAAAAAUUUUAAGCUUUACCUAAUAAUUAAAUAAUAUAGUACAAUUUAUUUUUGUUUAAAUUAUAAUUAUCAAAAUUCGUUAAAUAUUCCUUCAAAUUCAAUGUAUAUAAGAAAUAGAUUAUGAAGCAGUUGACAAAAUACACGAAAUAUUAUAUAGCAUUUAAUAACUGUAUGUAAUUAUUAUAGCUAAAUAUUUGUGCAAAUAAAUACUUAUACGUAUAUACAAUGUUAUCAGCAUAUGUACUCUGUAUGCUUGUACAGAACUUACAAUAAUAAAAAGAGUUGAAUUGCGAACU